ACCUACCGGGGCCGGAUCCGAUUAUCGCUGCAAGUGCCGGCGCCGACGCUAGAAGAUAGACUCUUUCGAUCCCAAUAUCGCCGUGAAGGGGUGUCAGCCACAGUCGCCAUGGACCCCCUGUCUUUGACCAGCACCAUGUCCCCCGCCACUACUUCCUCCUGGUCCUCGACGCCAACGCCGACAUACGCAUACAGCAGCAACCAGGGCUCCCCGAUCGACGGGCCCGAGAGACCAAACGACUGCCGCCUGCUGGGCCCGUUCGCGAUCCUCGUGCAGCUCUCCCUCGGCGCGCUGGCGCUGCUGUCGCUGGUGUACAAGCGCUGGCGGGAGCGGCCGCAGCGGCCGAUCAAGAUCUGGUGGUUCGACGUGUCCAAGCAGGUGGUUGGCAGCGUGCUGGUGCACGGCGCCAACGUGUUCAUGUCCAUGUUGACGAGCGGGAAGUUCAGCCUCCGGGUGGAUCCGAUGCCUGUCGUUGCCGGGAGGAUCGCUAGGCGGGCGGUGCAGGUUGGAGGGAUGAUGGGCAUGGGCAUGGGCAUGGGCAUGGGCAUGAGUGUUGGGUUGGUGGGCAGGCAGGGUCCCCCAGAGGGUGAAAGGGGGGGAGGACCUGGUGACGAGGAGGGAUAUGUGCCGAAUCCGUGCUCGUUUUAUUUGUUGAACCUGGCUAUUGAUACAACCCUCGGCAUCCCAAUAUUGAUCGUCAUCGUGCGGGUGCUGACCCGCCUACUGGCCUUCACUCCUCUCGGCAAACCGGCCGAGUCCAUCCAGAGCGGCAACUACGGCAAUCCGCCAAACGCCUUGUGGUGGCUUAAGCAGAGCUUCAUCUACUUCUGCGGCCUGAUGGGCAUGAAGUUCUGCGUGCUCAUCAUCUUCAUGAUAUUCCCCUGGCUGCCCCACGUCGGGGACUGGGCGCUGCGCUGGACCGAGGGCAACGAGAAACUGCAGAUCGUCUUUGUCAUGAUGCUGUUCCCCCUCAUCAUGAACGCCCUACAGUACUACAUCAUCGAUUCCUACAUCAAGAAGCAGGACGCCCUCUCGGCCGACGGUGAGGCCGGCGCGGGCGCGGGCGAUACGGUCGUGUACGAGGAGCUGGCGGCUUCGGCGAGCGAGGAAAGUGAUGAGGACGACGACGAGGAGGAAGCGAGGAAACGACUCAGUGCCCGGAAGAACCGGCCCAGCCGCGAGCUCGAAUACGAUCCGGCCGUGGACGGCGACAGUCAGACGGUCAUCGGCAGCAAUAGGAGUGGCGUCUCGAGCCGGGGAGCGUUGCCCAAGGAGCUGAUUCCUCCUGAGUGAAUGGUCAGGCUUGCAUAGGGGCUGGUGUUGCAUUACUUUAACGGGGCCUAGUUGGACUUGGGAACUUUGUCUUUCUUUGUGCGGGCGUCUUUGCAUGGGGUGCAUUAUUCUCCGAUUUUCCCGUCUAGCAUCU